AUGAAAAAUACCCAGUUACACAUUGCAUUGGAAUGCAACUCCCCACUGCAGGCACAAGGAGGCUACUUAAACUUGAGAAACUACUUGGAAGCCAUUCUCAAUGUGAUUAUUCUUUAUCUUCAAACAGAAACUCAGAUUACAAGGAUGAAGCUGUGGUAUACCAAUCUAGACAGCUCAGUGGCAAGCACUGAGGCGAAGGCUAAUGUGUGCUGUGUUAAAUUCAGCCCCUCUUUCAGAUACCAUUUGGCUUUUGGCUGUGCAGAUCACUGUGUCCACUACUAUGAUCUUCAUAACACUGAACAGCCAAUCAUGGUAUUCAAAGGACACCAAAAAGCAGUCUCUUAUGCAAAAUUUGUGAGUGGUGAAGAGAUGGUCUUUGCCUCAACAGACAGUCAGCUAAAACUGUGGAAUGUAGGGAAAUCAUACUCUCCAUGUUCCUUUAAGGGUCAUAUCAAUGAAAAAAACUUUGUAGACCUGGCUUCCAAUGGAGAUUAUAAAGCUUGUGGAAGUGAAAAUAGCUCUCUCUAUCUGUACUAUAAAGGACUGUCUAAGACCUUGCUAACUUUUAAGUUUGAUGCAGUCAAAAGUGUUCUGGACAAAGACCGAAAAGGAGAUGAUACAAAAGAAUUUGUUAGUACUGUGUGCUGGAGGGCACUACCAAAUGGAGAUUCCAAUGUGCUGAUUGCUGCUAACAGUCAGGGUACAAUUAAGGUGCUAGAAUUGGUAUGAAGGGUUAACUCAAGUCAAAUUGUACUUGAUCCUGCUGAAAUACAUCUGCAGCUGACAAUGAGAGAAGAAAAAGAAAAUGU